CUCUACUUGUUGGGUUUGCUGCAAGAUACCCACUGCACCGCCACAAUAACAUCCAAACUUCCCUGGAUGAACGUCUUGUCUUCUCCACGGUCUGGACCUCGCAGUGACGAAAAGCCAGGCUGACGUAAUGCAGGGGCUUGGCGGCUGCCCCGCCUCCCUCCGCCUCAACCCUCCACGGUCCCUUUUGUGUUGUCUCACUUUCUUGACGAAUAUCUAGCUCUAGCUCUCUCUCCUGCCUGAUCUGUCGCUCUACUCGAACCUUUUCAUCGCUGUUAUAUGCCUCUGUGAUCGAUCGAGAUUGGUUGGCGCGACGCCAUGGGCAAAUCACAGUCAAAGCUCUCCCCCGCCCAGCUCGACGAGCUGCAACGGGCAACCCAUUUCGACAAGAAGGAGCUGCAACAAUGGUACAAGGGCUUCCUUAAAGACUGCCCUUCCGGCACCUUGACCAAGGAGGAGUUCCAGAAGAUCUACCGACAGUUCUUCCCCUUUGGCGAUCCGUCGUCGUUCGCCAAUUACGUCUUUCGCGUCUUCGAUUCGGAUAACAGCGGGAUGAUCGAUUUCAAGGAGUUUAUCUGUGCGCUCUCCGUCACCUCCCGCGGCAAGAUGGAGGAUAAGCUGGACUGGGCCUUCCAACUGUACGAUAUCGACGGCGACGGGAAGAUUACCUAUGACGAGAUGCUGGCCAUUGUCGAGGCGAUUUACAAAAUGGUCGGCUCGAUGGUCAAACUCCCCGAGGACGAAGACACGCCCGAGAAACGGGUGAAGAAGAUCUUCCGCAUGAUGGACAAAGACGAGAACGGCAGCCUCGACAUGGAGGAGUUCAAGGAGGGCAGCAAACGCGACGAGACCAUCGUCAGCGCCCUCUCUCUCUACGACGGGCUCGUUUGAGCUCCUGCAUAUAUUUUUUUACACCUGCUUGCAUCCUGUAUUGCAUCUACCUUGUUUCUUUCAGCUGUUUACUGUCCUCCUCCUCCUCUCUUGUCCACUCCUAUACACCCUCCACUUGCCACUCUUAUCAUUUUGCUGAUUCCCCUUUUCGUUCCACUUGGGCGGCCUCUUGUCCUGCCAGCGACCCUUUUCAUUGAAAAUAUCUCUUCCUGUAGAUAGUAUUAGAUGAGUUACGAGUAUACUUGCUUCGAUUACAUACCAAUAUAAAUAUGUACUUUGCU